AUGAUUAAAUCUGACACAACGGAACUCAAGAACUCCGUGAGUGCAAUUAAAACGAGGCUAACUGAAGCUGAGAGCCGCAUUUCUGAUGUGGAGGACACGGUAGCUAACCUAGCUAAAAACAACGAGAAGCUAACCAAAGCAGUUGCACAGCUCUAUGAGAGAGUUGAUGACCAGGAAAACAGAGCCCGUCGUAAAAACAUUAGACUGGUUGGACUGAAAGAGGGGAAGGAGGCUGGGAUGCCACUGGCUAACUACGUGCAGAAAAUACUCUCUGAUGGUCUGGAGUUGAAUGGAGGUGAAUAUGAGAUUGAGCGCUGUCACAGAAGCCUGGCUCCCCGCCCGGAUCCCGAUAAACCUCCGCGCAUCAUACUUGUGAGAUUUCUCAAAUAUAUUGCCCGUGAGAAAGUCCUGGCUGCUGCUAAGAAGAAGAAGGGGAUUCAAUGGGAUGGCUGUCGUCUGUCACUGUUCGAGGACAUGACAAAGGAGCGCUCAGCGCGGCGCAAAGUGUUUUCCCCCCUGAUGAAAAUGCUAUGGCAGCACCAGGUGAAGCACACGUUGGCGCACCCGGCCAUACUGAGGUUCACAUGGAGAGGACAGCGGCUGAGCUUUACUGACGGCCAUACUGAGGUUCACAUGGAGAGGACAGCGGCUGAGCUUUACUGA